UCGUGUAGCAGACACAUUUUCUCGGCGUCGCCUGAUCACGAAAGCUUACUUCCUGCGGUUCUCUCGUUUUGGUGACACGUUGUUGGAUACAUUGUUUCCGUGGAUUGCUACAGCAUAGAAGCCAUUGGAAGCCGGCGGACAAUGUUGUCGAUCAGCGAUGGGAGCACCGACCCUCUGCUGGCCAGGUUCAAGCUGCUGGAGGAGACCGUGGACAAGCUGCACCGGGAAAACAGGACCCUAAAAACCAAGCUGCAGGGAUAUAACACGCUGAGCACUUUCUACCACGAAGCCCGGCAGCAGAUGAGGACUUUAAACCUGCAGCUGGCCGCUAAGGACACGGUCAUCCAGAGGCUGCAGGCUCAUCACACCCGAUCCCCCGCCGAGGACCCCCACAUGGACCCCUCCAAAUCCCUGGUGGAGAACCUGAUGGAUCAUCUGAAUAAGAUGAGGGAGCAGCUGAAGGAGACGGAGAGGCUGUCCCGGGAGAAAGUAGACGCUCUCAACCAGGAAAUUCAGAGACUGAAUCAGCAGCUGGCCGAGAAAGACGGGCAAAUUCAUCAAAUGUCCAGCUGGCCCCCUCACGAGAAGGAAAUGGAAAUCUGCCGACUCCAGAGAUCCUUGGCUGAGAAGGAAAGGGUACAAGCCACGAGCGAAGUCCUGUGCCGGACUCUGUCUGACGAAACCCACCAGCUCCGCCGCAAGCUGGCAACCACCGCGGAGAUGUGCCAGCACCUGGUGAGGCUCCUCGAAGAGACGCACGGGAGUGAAAUUCAGAACGUCAAUGAGCUGGCUAAUAAGAAUACAGAAAACGUCAACGAUGUAUCUCAGGACAAACUCCGCGAAGAAAUCCGCUUAUUAAAAAAGAAAGUUCUUCAUGUGGAAGAUUUAAAUGCAAAAUGGCAGAAGUAUGAUGCCAGCAGAGAAGAGUAUGUUAAAGGUCUUCUCCUCCAGCUCAAGGAGAUGAAGACCCAACAUGAGCAGCAGAAGGGUCCUCACACUGGGCGUUUGCACGUCGAGCUCCUGCAGAAAGAAAUCAACCGGCUAAACAAGUUACUGGAGGAGAAGAUGAAUGAAUCCGUGAAACUUAAGGAGGAAGCAGAGGAUAUGGGAAGAGCCCGGCUUGCUGAUGGAGAACAUAUUCAGAUGUUGGAGCAACAGCUUCUUGUUUACAAAGACGAUUUCACGUCGGAGCGAGCCGAUCGAGAGAGAGCGCAAAGCAGGAUCCAGGAACUGUGUGAGGAGAUAGCGCGCUUGAAACAACAGACAAGGAAGCCGGAUGAAAAGCAAUCGGGUGGAAGUUCCCAAAUUCACGCUGCUAACAAGAACAAAGCAGUUAUCCCAAAAAAUGAAACCGCAGAAAGUCGCAGGAAAGCUACGUCGGCAGAACGCGCGGAGGGUCGAGGGAACUCAAGUUCGGAGAGACGGGUGCAGGAUGAGCUGCAAUGUCCUCUCUGCCUGAGGGUUUUCCAGGACAAACUUGGUGAAAAUUUCCUUGAACACAUCUCUGAAUGCUGCCAGUGAAUAUCCUGACAGCCGCUGCUGCUAACCUAACCACUACAUGCCGCAGGCUUCCUAUGGCUGCGUCAGCUUGUGAGGUGUUUGCAGCAAUACUGCUUUGUUGCUCGACGGACAGAUAUAAAGGAACUGGAACCUGCCAUGGAACACAAAUCCAGCGUGAAAACAUGAAGACCUCAUUAAGAACGUACUUUACCGUACCACGGGAAAAG